AUGCUGGAUGUUUUACUAUCGUCCUUCGUUCUGCUAGUUGUAGCACUCAUUACAUUUGCAGGUGCAGCCAUUAUUGUGCGUGGUGGAUUCUUUAGACUAGCGGUAGGUGCUCUAGUGAUGGCGCUGCUGCUCUCAAUCCUUUUAUCCUCCUGUGCUGUAUUACUUCUGCAGGCGACAAGUGAUCUUCCACAAAAUAUAUUGUUUGUUUCGGUGAUACGAGCGGUGUUGGGAGCUGUUGCACAACCAACAAUUUCUGGUAUUGUACUAUUGGCCAUGCUUUUUGUUGGGGCCUCAAGCGCUUCUCGUGUUUGUGGCUUAAUAGAGGACAUUCAAAUUCUUUUGGAUGCACACAAGGCAUUUCUGGAUACAGAAGUAUCUCAAGAGAAAUCAAAAAAAUAG